AUGAAAUCGAUACUCUCUAUCUCCAGUCUAGUAGCCAUAAUGGUAGCUCUUGCUGGCAUCCAAUCGGUGCAGCCAAAAGAAAUCCUUGCACGAAAGAUUGAAUUUGUGAACCGAAGUGGCAAGAAACUUGUGGUUGAAUGGGUCAAUCCGAAGACUGGUGAAGUCGUGACGAUUCAAGACGAGCUUGGAAAUGGUGAGAUAUCGACCCUAGAUACCUUUGUCAAUCACACCUUUGCAAUCCAUGAACCAGGAAACGAAUCCUGCACUUCGGAAAUCUGCGGAGUACAGUACGUGACCGUCACUGAAAACAAGGAACAAAUCGCGGUUAUCAAAAGUGGUCUAAAGGUGGAACACGAAGACGACGAAUCAAGGUCGAUCCAAGAAGCAGCGGGCAUUGGAGCAGAUUGCAGAGAUCAAGCCAAGAGACGCAUUCGAUUGGGUGAAAAUCCAAGCAAUGUCAUGGAGAAUCUUGGAGAAUGUAUGGAGCAAACUGUUGCCAAGAAGAUUCAGCAAAAGAAUGAUGAGAUUGCCUUUGAAAGUCAAAUUCGUCUUGCGCUAUCGGGCCAACUGGAGAACCACACCUGCGCGGACCCAGAAAAGGAGACAAGUGAAGCCGUUGACACAAAAAUAUGGACACACAACAAUGUGAAAAGAGAAGUUUCUAUUCUUCAUGAUCGACCAGCCAGUCAAAUUCAUGCUAUCAAGAACUUUAUUUCUGCCGAGGAGUGUGAUGCCAUUUCCAAGGCAGCUGCGCCUCUUUUGCAUCGUGGGACCGUCGCUGAUGGAAAGGGAGGAUCUCGCUUAUCAGACCACCGAAAAGCCAUGCAAGCUGGGGUUCGCGUACCAUGGGAGCGAGAAUCCAAGGGAGACCUCAUUGCUAGAGUCGUGAGAAGACUCUACGACUACACCAACGAUGCUGUAGGGUAUAAUUUGACAGUUGAAGGUCAAGAAGAUCUGAUGUCAAUUCAAUACUUUGGAGCGGGUAGAAACUCAACAGAAUCUCCAGAUCAGUACAGACCUCAUUGUGACGGCGACUGCGAUGGACUGCCACACAAAAGUGGUGGACGUGUGGCAACCAUGGUGAUGUACUGCGACGUGGAAGGUCUCGUCGGAGGGGCCACGAACUUUCAAAAUGCAGGGGUUUACGUCAAGCCCGAGUUGGGAGCAGCAGCUUUCUUCUCCUAUUUGGAUCCAUUGACAAUGAAUGUGGAAACUGGAUUCACAACUCAUAGUGGGUGUCCUGUGAUUGAAGGCACUAAGAAAAUUGCUGUUCAUUGGAUGAGAGUCGGAGUUGAUGAAGAGAACCCAUGGGAUUCUUUCAACACGCUUACAAUCAAGAAGAGCGACGAGGAGGAAUUUGAUGAUUAG